AUGAAGGCUGUUGCUCUUUUCGCCCUGCUUGCGCCCCUGGGGGCAAAUGCCCAUUACAUCUUCAACCGUCUCAUUGUCAACGGUGCUUCUAUCGGUGGCGAGUAUGCUUACACCCGUAAGAACACGAACUCGUACAUGCCAAGCUUCCCACAGGAGAUGAUGAACUCCCCGGACUUGAGGUGCAACAAGGGCGCCAAAGCCGGAGGAACUGCUACCUACAACGUCAAGGCUGGUGACAAGCUCGGCUUCAAGCUCUUCAACAACGAGAAGAUUGAGCAUCCCGGUCCGGGCUUCGUCUACGUCUCCAAGGCUCCUGGCAAGGUCGCCGAUUAUGACGGCUCUGGUGACUGGAUCAAGGUCAUGGAGAGCGGCCUCAAGAACCCCAGCCAGCCCGGCGUGGACACUGCUUGGGACAGCUGGCAAAAGGACCGCCUUGAGUGGACCAUCCAGCAGAAUAUCCCUGCUGGUGAGUACCUCGUCCGUGUCGAGCACAUCGGCCUCCACGAGGGUCACGUCGGCAAGGCCCAGUUCUACAUGGAGUGCUUCCAGCUCAACAUUGCGUCUUCCGGCAAGGGCAACCUCUCUCCCAAGGUCAAGAUCCCCGGUGUAUACUCCGCCCAGGACCCGGGCAUUGCAUUCAACAAGUGGAACAACCCCAAGAGUUACACUAUGCCCGGCCCCAAGGUUUGGAACGGACAAUAA